AUGUGCAUCGCACCGUCCUUCGUCCGUCCUUCCUAAUUAAAAUGUCAAAUUUAAAUGUAAAUCAAUAAAUUAUCAAAGAAACGUAUCUACAAGAGGGACGUAUAUUGCUCGGUCCUUCAUAACACGUGGCCGCGUGUGAGAGGUUUGGGUAGGGUGAAGGAAAAAAAAUCGAAGUAUCGAGAUCAUUUGUUUUCUCUCCGACUCUCUCUCUUUACGCAGCUUCCUUCAAUCAUCACCAUUUCCGUCGUGCUUCUCUCUCUCGUUCGUCUGCGAAGAAGAAGAAUCUGACUCUGAGUUGUUGUAAGGACAUGAAUCUCGCGGUGGCUAGUUUUAGUGGCAAUUUGGGCGUCUUGUCGCAAUGCAGCUCAUGUUGUAGUCGUCUUAAGUUUCAGCCUUUUGUAGGAGCUACUUCGAGUCUCAAUUUCGGGCAAACAGGAACAUCUCGAAAGAAGAAGGAUCUGAAGCUUGAAAGAGUUUUCAGAAAGAGAGAGACUUCAGCUGAUGAUCCUCCUACACAAAUUCCUACUGAGUUGAAUUCACAACCAACAGUUGUGAAUGAAGCGCCGGGCAAUGAGGAGGAGAACAAAAAUCAAUUCAGUUCUCAGGACGGGACAAAGUAGAAGUUAGCAGCGGUUCUCCUCUUCUACUUUGUAAGUGCAGGUGUUAUAUUCCGGACAGAAGCAAGUGGAUGUACCUGUCUCCACUGGUGUUGCAAAUGGAGACUCGCAUGCUGAGAAAAAGAGAAAGCUAGAGACUUUGCAGCUUGCAGUUUCCAUUAUUACUAAUGCAGUAACACAUUGUUGAAUUUGUAUUGAUUUUUGAUUCGGUUGUGUUAAUACAUGAAAUCAAGAUUAAUUUAUUCGAGGGACCAAAA